AUGUUCCCUGGAAUUACAACCAAACUGUAUCUUGUUGCAGAAUACGCUGUGGCUUCUGUUGUGUAUCAUUCUGAAUUUUUGAUGAAGACACUCCCGAAGGAACAUGCUUUGUUGGCUACUUGCCUGUUCACGCAACAAGGAAUUCUUCAACGAAUGAAGAAAAUGGUGACAAUCGAGGGCGAUGGCAGACGGUGUACAGGCAUUCCAGCGCAUGUAACAAUCCUCAGAGGCAUGAAAGGGCUUGAAGCUAGCAGGAAGGAGCCUGCACAAGUUGAGCAGAGUGGAGCAUUGCAGGUGAACGGAUACAACUGGGGUCGACGCAUUCGCCUUCUGCCAGAAGAUUUUUUAUGGCCAAAGAUGUUCGUUGAUGUGGCUUACGAGUGGUGGAUGCAAGGAAAUGCAGAAAAAGGGUAUCCACCAUUCAAAAACCUGGAACCGAGUGAUUUUGCCGACCAGAAUGCAAGGAAACGUUUGAGUGACUUCAGGUAUCUGAUGGGCAAAAUAGACCAAUGUGCACAGGAGAAAGGAGUGUAUAAGGAGAACGCAACCAUGGAGGAAACCAAGGAAAUCUUCAAGCAGUGCGUGGAAUGCUUGAAACUACCGAGGAAAGAAGGGAGGCAACGACGGACCUGGCAGUCUGUAGCGACCUGGUGCAGAGAACAAGACGGAUUGCAUCGUUGA